CGGAGAGAAGAGAUGGUGCUACGAAUGAGUGAGGACGGAUCCUGAUUUUGCAACAAGCGUUGGUUGAAGAAACCGGCCCAAUCAGGCCAGGAUGGAUCCUGCUGCUCAGAGUACCCAAGGGUUGGUGAUGGAGUCAAAUUCAUAUUUGGAUGGAGUAGUUCAUCAAGAUUCUGUAUCUCACGAAGAUAAUGAAGAUGAUUUCAUCUUGGAGGAGAUUGGGGAUUGUUUGGAUGACCAGCAAGGAGAGCCGAUCGUGAUUUUGGAACCUAAAAAGGGGAUGAUGCUCGAUAGCGAGGAUGAUGCUGUUAGGUUCUACAAAGGUUAUGCCAAAAAGAAGGGAUUUGGUGUAAUAAGAAGAACCACUAGGCAUGAUGAAGACAACAAGCUUAACUAUUUCACACUUGCUUGCAGCAGACAAGGGAAGGCUCAGUACUCAUCAAAGAACUCAUUCAAACCGAAUCCGUCUACAAGGAUGCAAUGCCCAUGUAAGAUAAAUUUCUCUCGCCGUGGAGAAAAGUUUUGCAUUACGUCUGUUACACUUGACCACAAUCAUCCUACAAGUCCAAGCAAAUCCAGAUUGCUGAGGUGUCACAAGAAACUAGACUUAGACGCCAAGAGAAGGUUAGAAUUGAGUGAUCAAGCAGGAAUCCGUAUGAACAAGAAUUUUGGUUCUCCUGUUAUUCAAGCUGGUGGCUAUGACAAACUUGAGUUUGGUGAAAAGGAGUGCGGAAACUAUUUGCAAGAGACAAGAAGGUUGAAGUUUGGUGCUGGAGAUGCACAUGCACUGUAUCAGUAUUUUCUCCGUAUGCAGUCAAAAGAUCCAGACUUUUUUCAUGUUAUGGAUGUGGCCGAGGAUGGACGCCUGAGGAAUGUCUUUUGGGCAGAUGCAAGAUGCAGGGCUGCAUAUGAAUCUUAUUCGGAUGUCAUCACAUUUGACACUACAUACUUAACAAAUAAGUAUAGCAUGUUGUUCGUUUCUUUUGUUGGCGUAAAUCAUCAUGGAGAAUCAGUUUUAUUGGGUUCCGGUCUUCUGUCCAAUGAAGACAGUGAGACUUUUAUUUGGUUAUUUAAAUCUUGGUUAUGUUGUAUGUCAAACAAACCACCCAAUGCUAUAAUCACAGACCAGUGCAAAGCAAUGGAGAGUGCUAUUGAAGAAGUUUUCCCUCAUGCUCGUCGCAGAUGGUGUAUAUGGCAUAUCAUGAAGAAGAUUCCUGAAAAUCUUAGUGGGCAUGAGAAGUAUGGAAAUAUUAAAUAUACAUUGUCAAAUGUGGUGUAUGAUUCCUUGACCAAACAUGAUUUUGACGAAGCCUGGGUUGAGAUGAUCUACAAAUAUGAUCUUCAGGAUAAUGAUUGGCUUCAUGGAUUAUACAAUAGUAGAUAUCUUUGGGCACCAGCCUAUGUAAAAGAUACUUUUUGGGCAGGAAUGUCUUCAACACAAAGGAGUGAGAGUGUGAAUGCUUUCUUUGAUGGCUAUGUAAAUGCUAGAACAACUCUGAAGCAAUUUGUGGGGCAGUGUGAAAAUGCAUUAAGAGACAAGGUAGAGAAAGAAAACGAUGCUGAUUCAAAGUCAUUCCAGGAGGUAAUUCCGUGCAUUACUCACUAUGACUUUGAGAGGCAAUUUCAAGCAGCAUAUACCAAUGCAAAGUUUCAGGAGCUGCAAGAGCAAUUAAGAGGUAAAAUCUAUUGCUAUCCAACUAUGUUGAACAAAGAAGGGUUACUUUAUACAUUUGGAGUCAGAGAGGACCGUAAGAUAGUUUUUGAAGGAGAGGAUGGGGAAAUUAAAGAGAAAAGAUUUAUUUCAGAGUUCACUGUCUUUUUCAAUCAAGGGGACUGUAAUCUCAAAUGUCUUUGUAGGCUUUUUGAAUUUCAAGGCAUCUUGUGUAGCCACAUACUUUCUGUUCUUGCUCUCAUGGAGAUCACAGAAGUACCUUCUAAGUAUAUAUUGCAGCGAUGGAGAAAGGACUUUAAGCGCAAACACACAUUUAUAAAAUGCUUCUAUGGUGAUAUGCUGAAUACACCAGUUGUGCAACGCUAUGAUAGUUUGUGCAAACGUUCCCACCAAGUGGCAGAAAAUGGCGCAGAGUCUGAUGCAUUGUAUACCUUGGUGAUGGAUGGCCUUAAUGAGUUACAAAUAAAGAUUGACGCGUACCGUGCUAGCCAUGAAGUUCAAGAUCAGCGCACUGAAAAAGUUGUAGUCAGUCCGAUCCCUGUUCGAACUGUAGGUCGCCCUCCUUCAAAGAGGAAAGAAUCCAAAAUCAAUCAAGUGGUAAAAAAACCGAGGGCAAAGAAGCCACAGGGAAAGACAGAUCUGCUAGCUGCUAACCUCAAUGGAUGAAAGAGACGUGCACUGCAGUACUUCUGAAUGGAUUUGUUUUUGGUUUCUCGUAUAUGAAUUUGGUAUCUGGAGCGCAAAUGGCUAUCUGCUAUAGGUUCUUCCGUCUUUAUUGUGGCUGCUGACAUGACCGAUGCUGAAAUUGACCCUCUGCGUGGCAUGUUGGUUGUACCAUCUUGUACUCUCUGACCUGGGAAGUGGACUUGUAGGGUUAGGUGUGUAAUUUGCUUACUUUAUGUCAUUAGUACCUAGUAAUAUUUGUAGACAUAAGUCAUCUUUGCAUGCCUAGAUGGUGACUUGCUAGUUGCUUCAGGAUUUACGGUUAAUUAGUAUUGCCUUGUGGUUUGUUUGGUCACAAAGCAAAACAGCUGGAUGCUCCAUUGUAUCCGCAUGGGCUCCAAAUAUUUAAGUGAAGCCUAGUGCUAACAUCACACACAAGUUUUUUCUCGGAGUUUGCAU